AUGAUCUGUGCCCCUCAGGGCACGCUAUGCCGGAAGGGGCAGCGGAGGACCGCAGCCGGUCAUGCGGUCGGCGCGCAGAAUGGGGGACAAAUGGGCGUGGCGCCGUGGCCGCGUGGUUACCGAUGCCCCGCUUGCCGUCGUGUUACGGAGACUAACACCCAAAAGGUGCUAGUCUCGGGAGCACGAUUCGAGUACUUUCCUGAAUUGGAAGCCGCUGCUUUCUCCCCAUCCAUAACAUAG